UUAACCAUAAUUUAUUUUUUUACCCCCUUUAUUCUUCACCCAGAAAAAAAAUUCCUUCCUCUUCUUCGUCUCUCUUUCUUUGUUUCCAGAAUUUCAGUCAUUCUUUGCUAGAUCGUGAAAUUUAUUGCAUGGGACUUUUUCGAAACUUUUUGCUCUCUCUUACUCUAUUUCCUUCCUUCAGGUUAGUCUUCUCCGUGUAAUUCCACCCCCCCACUUUUACGUGGAGUGUACAGUUUUUCCUUUGAAUCUGUAAAUUUAUCACAUCACAUCACUUAUAUAAUAAGGUUAUAUUUAAAUUCCAAUCUGGGUAAUUUAGUCGUAGUAAGCUAAUAAAUGUGAUCAUGUAUAAUUGUUACCUUUUUUGAACAUUCGGAUAAUUCAAACCGAAUAUCCUCUUCUAACUUUUCCCCGGACCCUCCUUUUUUAACACCAAAUCUUCUUUUCUCCUUAAUUUAGCAUUGUGGGUAGUGAUUCUGUCAAAAUUUUCUUUGUUAACCUUUGAUGUUUCAAUUGUUUUGAGGGUAAUCUGAAUUGGGUUUUUGAUGAUUUGAUUUGGGUUUUUUCUAAAAUCCGAAAAUAAUCGAGAAACUUGUGAGAAGAUCAUUGAUAGAUUCACAAAUUUCAGUACUUUGAAGGGUAGUUUGAAUUAGGGAUUUUUUUUUUUUUUUUUUGACAAUAUAUGUGUUUCUAUUUCCUGAGCUAAAAAUUUCCUAGAAAAAAAUUACGACUUUUAUAAGGUGGGGAGGUUGGUGGAUGUUUGGUACGUUAUAAUUUGAUGGUUUUUUCUAUUUCUAGUUUGAAUAUGGUGAAUUUAUCCCCUAUUUCAGAAUUAUAUGAUCAGUAGCUUGCACACUAUUGCAUCAUCUGGGAUGUCUAAACUAUAAGUUGAUUAAAAUAACUGUGAUCCGGGUUAGGGUGGAGUUCAAAUUUCGUUUGUAAAAUAUGUUCGCUGUGGGGAGGCUAGGAAGUUAUAUUAGCCGAGGGGUAUACACAGUUUCUGGCCCUUUUCAUCCCUUUGGUGGAGCAGUAGAUAUAAUUGUGGUAGAACAGCAAGAUGGUAGCUUUAAAUCCACCCCAUGGUAUGUUCGAUUUGGGAAGUUUCAAGGUGUUUUGAAAGCAACUGAGAGAGUCGUAAGGAUAAAUGUCAAUGGAGUUGAUACUGAUUUCCACAUGUAUUUGGAUAAUAAAGGGGAAGCAUUUUUCCUUAGAGAGGUUGAUGCAGCAGAAGGAGAAACGGAGUCAUGUUCUCUCUCUGGAGAUGAGAUGGAGGGGAAGUCUGAUAUAUGGAGAACAAAAAAGUCUAUGAGCUGCAACUAUGACGCUAGUAGGACAAAUAUGGUUUCAGAACUUGAAGGAAGCAAUAGAAAGGUUCUAACACGAGCUAAUAGUCGUCGGGAAAGGAUUUUGGGGCUUCCUAUAGGUAGACGAUCGAUGAAGGAAAACGGUUUCCAGGAUGGUGAGGCAAGUGUUGAAGCAGAUAGAGUUCGGUCUUUGGAGCGUGCUGAAAUUGCUGCAGACUUAUUGGAAGUAAGGUGGACAACUAACCUCCGUACUGUUAAAAACCACAAUGCCGGGGUUUCUGAUGAAAAUAAGGAAAACAUGAGCAAGUGUGAUAGGGGUGAUGAAACAUCACGAACUACUGCCGAAGCUCAUCUUGCAGAUGAGGUUGUCGCCUAUCCUCGGAGUAUCAUAGGUGAAGCGUUUAUCGGGGACAGUGCAGUAAACAAAGAUGUUGAAGAAGUUCCUUUUGAGAGCUCUGGCGCAGCGGAGCAUUGUGAAAGUGUCGAGGAUCUUUCUGUGGGUGCUAGAAAUUUGAACUUACUUCCUCUAGUUUCAGAGGAGGAAAAUUCUAUUGCUAAAUUGAGAAAAUCUACUGUUUCUUCGAGUGCUCAACAUUUUAGUGGUGAUCCUACCCCAGAGGGAAAUGAUAAAGUUACACCAUCAGAUAAUUUCAAAGAGGAGCAAUUCUUUUUUAGUGAUCUUGAUGAUCAAAACUUAGAACAUAAUCAGACCACAUCAUCAGGCAGUGAGAAAUGUCUUUCUGAAGAUUCACUAGAAGGCAGAGAAAAUGAAGUGUCUGAACUCUUGGAUGAAUCUAAUCAAGUGAAAUGCAUGCUUACUCAAGAUAAACUGCUCAUAAGUCAUCCAAGCCUCAGUAUGAACUCAAAUCGAGUGUCUAGCGCUAUAAGCAUUUCAAAAGCUCAUAAUUCUGUUGAUGAGGAGGCCUUGACACCAGUAGCAGAAUCUUUACCUAAUAUGAUGUUGGGUGGUGAUGAUUUAUCACUUAAUGCUCCUCAUCCCCUUGGUCGCUCCUUGGAUUCGACACUUGAAGCUUUUAUGAUGGUCAAUAAUGAUGUUGCUUCAGGCUUUAGUGGAGGGCAGACCCAAGUGGCACUCUCACCGCUCACAACUGACAGCUCUGACAUAUCAGAGGAGAUCAAAAAGAUCAUAUCAGAUCCUGCAGUAGAGGUAUCUCUUUGCAGACACUUAUUAUCUGAAGGAAUGGGUUAUGAAGCUGCUGCUCGUGCAUUCGAUGCUGAAAAAUUGGAUAUGGACAAUUUUUUAUUGCUUGGUGCUGAUAUUAUGAAAAAUGAUAAGCUUGUUGUUAGAAUUGGUGGUCUUUAUUUUCCCUGGGAUGCAGCUUUGCCUAUUGCUUCAGCAAUAGGGUCACAGCAAACAGGAGAAAUGCUGGAACCGGAAGGCAUGAUAGCCGUUGGUCAAGUUGAAUUUAAAACUAAUGAAGGAACUGCACAGAAGUCUGUAAACUCUAGAAACGGGUCUUGGAAAAUAUGGCCUUUCUCAUUGAAGAGAUCAGAUAGUAUUCAAAGCAGGAAUUCUAGCUCUGAAGCUGAUCCUGAGAGCCCUAAACAAAUGCAUGGAACUCCAGAUGCAGUUGUUCCCAAGGUCGCAAAAAAGAAGUUGCGGGCAAAGUUUCCCACUUCUGAACAGCUUGCGUCCUUGAAUCUUAAGGAGGGGAAGAAUGUUGUGACUUUCACGUUCUCAACAGCAAUGCUCGGGGAACAACAGGUAGAGGCAAGAAUAUUUUUGUGGAAAUGGAAUGCUCGGAUUGUUAUAUCAGAUGUUGAUGGGACUAUUACCAAAUCAGAUGUCCUUGGGCAGUUUAUGCCUUUGAUGGGAAUAGAUUGGUCACAGACUGGUGUAACACAUCUUUUCUCAGCUAUUAAGGAAAAUGGUUACCAGCUGCUUUUUCUUAGUGCUCGCUCCAUUUCACAAGCCUAUCACACUCGGCAGUUCUUAUUCAACCUUAAACAGGACGGGAAAGCACUACCUGAAGGUCCUGUCUUAAUCUCCCCAGACGGACUUUUCCCUUCCCUGUAUCGUGAAGUGAUUAGAAGAGCGCCUCAUGAAUUCAAGAUCUCAUGCUUGGAGGAUGUUAAGGUGCUGUUUCCUCUAGAUCACAAUCCAUUCUAUGCUGGUUUCGGAAAUCGAGACACUGAUGAGUUUAGCUAUCUUAAAGUUGGAAUACCUAGAGGGAAAAUCUUUACCAUUAAUCCCAAGGGUCAGGUUGUUGUUAAUCGUCGAGUGGAUUCAAAAUCGUACACUUCCCUUCAUACUCUUGUGCAUGACAUGUUUCCACCGACAACGUUGCAUGAACAGGAGGACUACAACUCGUGGAACUUCUGGAGACUGCCACCUCCAGAUGCCCUUAUUUGAAAACUCACAUAUCAUGAUUUGGCUGUUAUUCUGGCAUCAAAAUAGGAGGCAAGAUAUGUGCAUGUUACUCCAACUGCUAAGGUUGUGCAAAGUGCAGUUAAAUGGUUGGCUCAUGCAGUGUUGGUUGAUACUGUAUGUACCAGAGGGGGAAGACCAAAGAUCGUCUAUAGUUAUUAUCUUUGUUGUACAGAACAUUUGUAGUUUAAAUCACAUUUUUUUCUAACUAGAGGGGGGAAUAACAAAGAUGAAAGGAAAAGAACUGGGUAAAGAAAGUGAAGCAAUGAAUAUAGUCUAGGUCUUUUUUUUGUUGUAUUCAUUCAUUUAUUAUGAAUGCAAUAACCACGCUCGAUAGCUGUAAACUGGACUUAUAUAUAUAUAAUAUAGGAUUACAAGGGAACAUGGGUCGGAACUGAAGGAGAAAGAAAGUGAUGUAAAUUUGUAUGGAUGUCUGAGCUUCUUGAGAAACUUCUUGUUUAUCAUAAGCAUUGAGACACUGA